AUGUCGGCUCCUCGAUCCCCCUAUCGUCAAACCCAUCGCCAGUCGGCCGGCCCACGGCGACGAGAAUCGAACCACCCCAUCAUCUCGCCCGAGAAGGCGCGCACCUCAAGGUACGCGGUCGGUGAGGAGCUGCCCGUCCACCAUGGUCGCCAUCACCGAGCCCCUCCGCCGGGAAGCAGAGUCAAAGUAAAGCCUUCAGGCGAAAGCGGCCGCACAGGCUUCCAUCCCUUCAAGUUUCUCAAAAUUACUUGGAAGUCCUCAAGCCGGGCGUCCCUCGUUUGUAACUUCUUCUGGCCCGUGGUCCCCGCCGCCUUUGCCGUUCGUUACAGUCGCCCACAAGACCACGUCCUGAUCUUCAUACUUACGUACUUGUCCAUGAUUCCCUGUGCCAACAUGGUCGGUUUCGCCGGCCAGGAACUAUCGCGUAAGGUUAGCCACGUAUUCGGCGUGUUGAUUGAGACGACCUUCGGGGGCAUCGUUGAAGUCAUUCUCUUUAUGAUACUCUUAAAAGGCGACCAGUUCACUGUCAUUAAGGCUGCUAUUCUCGGUUCGAUAUUAGCGACGAUGCUCCUGUGUCUGGGAUUAUGCUUCAUUGCCGGCGGCAUACGACGAGACGAGGCUGAGUUCAGUGAGACUGUCAGUGAAGCCGGCAGUGGCUUGCUACUCACGGCAGGGGUCGCCUUGGCCAUUCCUGCCCUCUUUAGUUACUCCAUGGCCAAGUCGCUUACGGUUGAGGAGCUCGACAGCAAGACGCUGCAUAUCUCACGACUUGUGUCUGUCUUGCUUGUUAUAGCUUAUGGUGUCUUUGUAUUGUUCCAGGCCCGGACGCACCACGGCAUCUACGAUGCCAUCUUCGAGCGUGACGAGCAGCGCGACCGUGACAAGCACAAUGACAUCAGCAAGCCCAAGCUGACGCUGACCGAGUGCAUUGUAGCCCUCGUCAUCUCCAUCACGCUGGUGGCAUUUAUGGCCAUCUAUCUUGUCGAGCAGAUCCAUCCCAUUGUGCUGAGGCAUGGUAUCUCAGACCAUUUUAUGGGCCUCAUCCUCGUGCCUCUGGUGGAGAAGGCCGCCGAGCAUCUAACGGCUGUCGACGAAGCAUGGGAUAACCAAAUGAACUUUGCCCUCUCCCACGUCCUGGGCGCCACACUGCAAACAUCCCUGCUCAACGGUCCGCUCGUCGUUAUUGUCGCCUGGGCCUGGCAUAAACACAUGGAUAUCGUUUUUGAGGUCUUUGAUAUUGGUAUGCUUAUCCUGUCCAUACUGACGGUCGGCAACUUCCUGCGCGACCAGAAGAGCAAUUACUUGGAAGGCUUCCUAUGCGUUAUCGUCUAUCUCGCCAUCGCCGUUGCGGCCUUUUACUACCCCAACCCGGAGGGUCUCGGCGAGCACUAA